GUAUGAGGCAUACAUGAAGGAUCUGGCGACUUUGAUACGUACAGAAUUGUCCAUGGUAUUGGCAUUCUUCAAGAGAGUCGUGCACAAGCCCCCAGGCAGCUCUACACAGGCAGUGGAUUGUGUGUUCCAGUUCCCGGCACGUACGAUAAGAAGCGGAAACUAACCAUGGGAUACUUUGUCAACGUAUACCUCGAUCGAGAAUCGCUCAAUGAGUGUGGCUUGACCCCUGGCGACCGCGUCGAGCUCCAUUUUAGUACCAAAGUCAAACUGUUGACUCUUAACCCAUGGCGAGGCACAGUUGUAAAACCAAAUAUUACAACCGCGAGAAAUCAAAUAACUGUAGCAAUUCGCCGUCCCAUUAUCGACCAAGCCUGCCCCGAUCUACAAGACCCAUCGAGUGAAGCUUAUCUAAAUUGAAUGGCCUUCAACCAGAUGAAGUCCGCAUCAAUGCCGCUUAUCUCUGGUCAAUGUUCGCGUAUCAAUACGACGCAAAGUAUAUUUUCAUUGGCGACACGAAACAGUUAGGGCCUAUGGUGUUUGGUCCGCGGUCAGAUAACCCAUUCCAGGCUCAACUGAAAUACUCCCUACUUUCAAGGCUACAGGCCACUGGAUUCCCUGUCCCACAGCUUACGAAAACAAGCCGUUUCCGCAACAAGCAGACUCUCCAGCUUUGCCAAAUCGCGAACCACUCAAUGGAGCUCGAGGCAGUCAGUCAAAAAGCACAUCCGAUGACAACUGAAAGUGGCAAAUUCAACAUGUUGCUGUAUCGGAAGCACGCAAAUGUAUUGUUCUUGAAUGUAGCGGAUAGUGCGAUUGGCAAAGAUUCCAGUGGGUCUGCGUUUAACAACGCCAACGUAGUAACCGUAAUAAGGGACCUACUGUACCGAAUCCGCAAGACAACCAACCACGGCAUCACAAUAAUGACGCCGUACAACGCUCAAGCGUAUCAAUAUACGUCACUCAUCGCCUUCUCUAUCGCCGAAUGCCGUAAGCUGGGGUCGGAUGCCUUAAUUGCGCGGUUGCAGAGUGUCCACGUCACAACGGUUGAUAGUUAUAUGGGUGAAGAGCGAUCCCAUGUUUACCUCGAUAUGGUGGGCCCGGGCUUCUUGAGUGACCUUCGUCGGACAGUCGUCGCCCUGACCCGUGCGAGGGACAGUUGCACGAUAGUUGGUGACGCCAUGAGUAUCGGCUUGGACAAAACGACGAAAGGUCAACACCCGUUGAAUAUUCUCAUCCACACUCUCGCUAAAGAAGGCCGUUUCGAAUCAAUCCCGAGGUCUCAGUGGUCGGGCUUCUAUCAUUUUCCCUCAGUUCUCAGCGGGUAUGGACUUAGCACUUAGGGACUCAAAGAUCAACCGCAAGCCGUCAAGUCGUAUAGAUUCGGGGCCUCAGUCGCCUCUCGUAUCGGUGAUAUACAUACCGUGCCGCUGGAACAUUGUGCCUAUGACGAGGAUGCUAUAGCGUUGAAUGAACUCCUCGACGCCCGUCAAAGGCG